UAAAGAAUAUGAUACAGAAAGGGAUUGGAGGGAGAUAGAGAGAGAAAGAAGAGAGGGUAAGUGAGCAGUGUUUCUUGGACUUUUUCUGGACAUGACCGCGGUGGUGAAUCCAGUAGAGCUGUCAAUUCUUGUACUUUUGGUCGGCCACAUCGUCAUUGGUAUCGCACCGACACGCGGGAUCCACUGCGGCUGCCAAUCAAAUCCGCCGAUGGGGCUUCCCGGGGAUUUCCGCACUAUCCGGGCUGCUGAUUGGUCAGUUACUGCGGCGUCGGGAAACUUUCAGGUACCGUUGUACAAUACAGGUCGGUAUGUCUGUAUGAUUGCUGCAGGGGGCAUCCCGGUCGAUGCUUCAUUGCUUCAAAGUUGGGUAUUCUUGCUGCUUCGCUUGCGCUCCGCUUGCGAUACACCCCAUGGGUUAUCCUGGAUUCUAUCCCUCUUGACUGGCCCUCUACUCCUACUCCUUUCCUGUCACGAUCACCUCAUCCCUGAAGCAUACAUCAUCCUGCGUGGUGUGGUGUGGGAUUAUCUUGUCAAGCACGGGUUGACUAUCUGGCUUCCGUUAGAUCCGCUAGGGACGUGCAUCGCGUAGCGCCGCCAUCUACUAAUUUUAACUGUCGUGGGCUGAUAUCAGGCAUCAAUAAUAGAUGAAAUUAUCGACUAUCUAUCGACUAUUUCGACUAUCAUCCU